GCUCGAGCUCUCCGCGCAGCUCCUCGAGGGCGCGCGGCCGCGGGGGCUCGGCCUCGAGCCCUCUUCGGCGGCCGCGCGCCCCGCGGAGGCCUGCGAGGGUCCGCCUCUCCGAGUUUACCCUGUCUUGAACGAGCGCUCUGAUGCACAUCGGUCGCGGCGCCAAGCAGCAAGGCCCCUGCCAGGCCAACGGAACGAUGCUGGUCGUCAAGAACUGCUUCUUGGAGGUGGUGGAUAUCGACCGCGGAGUCAGCCGCAGCAAGAGCGACAGCCACCUUCCAGUCCGUGCGCGCGCGGAUGCGGCACGGGAGGCGCGCAACGACGGCUCCGCAGGAGCGUGCGCGAAAGCGGAUGAUGGCCGCGUUGGGAGCGCCACCGGCCAUCCAUCUCGGCGCCCGCCUCGGGCGGCCACCGCCCCCGGGCGGAGAGCGGCGGCCGCGACCAGCCAAGGCGCGAGGCUGGCGGCGCUCCCGGCGAGCGGCGCGGAGGCCCCGGCCUGCCGGUGCCCGGCGGCACCCGCUCCGAAGGCGUCGGCCCGCGGCGUGGGCCACAGGAGCGCGGGGCCUCGGAGCGGCCGGGGGGCGUCGAGCGGCAGGUGAGCGUGGCGGUGCAGCACGCCACCGGCACUUGCAGACCGUGCGGUGUCUGCCCGGCAGGGCUGCCGCAGGCGACCCGGCGCAGGUCGCUGGAGGAGUAAACAAACAAAAAACGCCGACGUACCGCUGCUUUUGCCUUCGUCUCGUCUGUUCGGGCUUCUCGGGAGGACUUCCUCGCCACGGCUGGCUACGCCUCGUGCUCCUGGUCAGAACGCGCCCUGGGGCAGGACGGGGGAGUAGCGGUGUCGGCAUUUUCAGCUGGGAUCGCCGCGGGGUUUGGG